AUGAUUACAAACUGCUGCUUUGCAGCACAGCAUUUAACGAGCAGUGUGCAAUGCGCGCUCGGCAUCCCUCAUAAUCACAAUAACACGGAAGCUUUGAUCAAUGUGCACGUUACUUUGACGGAAGUGCCUCGGGGAUUCCAGAAAUACACCGAUGUAAAGGACUGGCUUAAUCCACACGUGCUUGUCCGUUAUCCCAUUUGCCAGGGGAUGCUGGUCGUUCUAUUGCUCAAAAUGACGCGGCGCAAACAAAAUACAGACGGAAAAGUGCACAGUGAU